AUGGAUCAUAACAACUCUCCACCGCCACAACAAACUUCAUCUGAACAACAAUCACUGCCACCAAACAACUCUCCACUGCCACAAUCACCGACGCACUUACCUACGUCUCAGCAUCAACCAUCACCAGCCACCAUGUCGCAGCAUCAACCAUCACCAGCCGCCACGUCGCAGCAUCAACCAUCACCAGCCACCAUGUCGCAGCAUCAACCAUCACCAGCCGCCACGUCGCAGCUGCAACAACCACCUGGCUCUCCUUUGCUAUCACCCCAAUACUCUUCAACACAGCCACAACCAUCACCUGAAAACUCUCCACUAAAGCGAAAACAUCCACUCCAAGAUCCUCAGCCAUCAUCACCAAAGCGACAUCUUUCAAUCCAAGAACCACCGCCAGGAAGUUCACAGUCACAAGGACAAAUCAUCAGCAUCACCGCCGCAUACAUUUCAUCGAGCUCAUCAGACCCUUUACCGGUCUCAUCAGACAAUUCAUUGAACUCCUCAGACCCUUCACCCGUCGCGUCAUCAGACCCUUCACCCGUCUCAUCGGGAUCUCCACCGGAUACAUUAGAAUCAUCAGCAAGUAAUAAUCCCUCUGUUACUCCGUCACCAUGA